AGUAGCUUGCCGCUCACGGGGCGGGGCUAGGCUGGGCAUUGAGCCAAGGGGGUGGAGACGCGGCGCGGGGCAGUGUGGGGCGGGGGCGGAACGCCGCCCGGCCGCGGGUCGGGCCCUGUGUCAGCAGCCGAGCAGGCGCUCGGGCGGGACAUGGCUGGCUGUGCAGCCCGGCGGGCCCUAGCCGUGGGCAGCCGCUGGUGGUCCCGGUCAUUGACCGGGGCCCGGGGGCUGAGACCGCUCUGUGCAGCGGGUGGAGCCGGGGCCUUCCCGCCAGUGGCGACCACGACGACGCGGAGGCACCUCUCGUCCCGAAACCGACCAGAGGGCAAAGUGUUGGAGACAGUUGGUGUGUUUGAGGUGCCAAAACAGAAUGGAAAAUAUGAGACUGGGCAGCUUUUCCUUCAUAGUGUUUUUGGCUACCGCGGUGUCGUCCUGUUUCCCUGGCAGGCCCGACUGUAUGAUCGGGAUGUGGCUUCUGCAGCUCCAGAAAAAGCUGAGAACCCUGCCGGCCACGGCUCUAAGGAGGUGAAAGGCAAAACUCACACUUACUAUCAGGUGCUGAUUGAUGCCCGUGACUGCCCACAUAUAUCUCAGAGAUCUCAGACAGAAGCUGUGACCUUCUUAGCCAACCAUGAUGACAGCCGGGCCCUCUAUGCCAUCCCCGGCCUGGACUAUGUCAGCCAUGAAGACAUCCUCCCCUACACCUCCACGGAUCAGGUUCCCAUCCAACAUGAACUCUUUGAAAGAUUUCUUCUAUAUGACCAGACAAAAGCACCCCCUUUUGUGGCUCGGGAGACGCUACGGGCCUGGCAAGAGAAGAAUCAUCCCUGGCUAGAGCUCUCUGAUGUCCACCGGGAAACAACGGAGAACAUCCGUGUCACUGUCAUCCCCUUCUACAUGGGCAUGAGGGAAGCCCAGAAUUCCCAUGUCUACUGGUGGCGCUACUGCAUCCGCUUGGAGAACCUCGACAGUGACGUGGUACAGCUCCGGGAGCGGCACUGGAGGAUAUUCAGUCUCUCUGGCACCUUGGAGACAGUGCGAGGCCGAGGGGUAGUGGGCAGGGAACCAGUAUUAUCCAAGGAGCAACCAGCGUUCCAGUACAGCAGCCACGUCUCCCUGCAAGCUUCUAGUGGGCACAUGUGGGGCACGUUCCGCUUUGAGAGACCUGAUGGCUCCCACUUUGAUGUCCGGAUCCCUCCCUUCUCCCUGGAAAGCAAUAAAGAUGAGAAGACACCACCCUCAGGCCUUCACUGGUAGGCCAGCUGAGGCUGAGUGCCCAGGCCUGGCCCUACGGAGAACAGCUGUCAUACCACAAUUGCUGCAGAACUCUUUUCUCCUCAUCAUGAGCCACAGUGGGUCUCUUAAUUUGAUUGUGGGGUCCUUUUUUGGGGGAGGGGCGGUGUAACUUUUCUUCAGAAGACCCAUGUAGGACUCCUCCAAGGAUGGCCUCAUAACUCUUGCCUACACCGUGUUCCAGUAAACCUUUCACCAAGGAACUGUGUUCAGCUGCCACAGGCCUGGAGGAUCUUGGCCUGUCAUACAAGUUGUCUGGAAUGUGAGGUUUGGUCAAUAAACCUGUGCACGCUUGGCCACGCUCGCCAUUUCUGCCCAAGUCGCAGGCUCUUUCUACUCCAGUGGGGGCCCUUGAUUGCUCUCUGUGCAGCUCUUCCAGAGAGCUGCCCCUCUGCUAGGAUGUGUGCCUGUUUCCCUCAGCCUGGAGGCUGGCUGGACACCUCCCAGGGUCACUGUGCCUCUCAGCCGGUGGGUGAUACUCGACUGGACUCUCGUGUUCUCUCUUUCACUGCCAAGUGCAGAGAGGGAGGCCAGUGUCAGCAUCAGAGUGGCCUGGCUCUUAGUACUGACCAGCCAUUGUCAUCUUUGGCCUCGCUGGGCCUGGGAGAGGAGUGAAGCAAGCCAGCUGGGUUUCUUGGAGCAAUGGGCUUGCCAGCCACGAGUCUGUCGAGCAUCCAGACCACAAAUGCAGGAAUUCGGCCAAGGAACAGCUUUAGGUAUGGACGGUGACUAAGCCAAGCUACUCCUGACCUGCUCAGAUAUCUAAGAGCCAGAAGUGAAUUGUGCUGCAUUUUGCCCUAAUUCUUAGGAUUCUUUCUGCCCCACCACUGCAGUGAUUGCUAGAGGUCAUUUUAUUCUUGAACUAGUAUUAAAUCUCAGUUCCAGCC